AUGCGUUUGACACCGCACGGGGAGGAUUUCCAAAACUAUUACUCGCCAUCGUUUCCCAACUACAAUAACGAUGCGGAACUGCCGCCCCACGCAACGAGAGGGUUUGAGAGUCUAGCGCCGGCGGAAAUCGGCGCAGGUCGAUCGGUGCACGAUGUUGACCUCUACGGUAGUCUCCGCAAAGGAGACCCCGUCAAGUUCUUCUCGAAGGACUGUGCCGGCGUCGUCGCGGCCACAUUUGCGUCGGCAUUUUCGGCUGAUUGUCUCAAUAACGUGAUCGAUCCGAUGUUGAGCAAGCAUUUUUUCUUCAGCGUAAACGAGUUGGAAGCUUCGCGGCGUCUGAUUGCGAUGCCUUCAGCUUCCUGCUUCUUUUUCGGGCUGCUAUCGGACUGCUACCCGAUCAUGGGGUUUCGACGCAAAGCGUACUUGAUCGUCAGCCUGGUGUUAACAGUGUUCAGCUACCUCAUUCUCUCAGCAUUGAACAUGUAUGGCGAAAGCCUCGAGAAAGGUACUGCAAGCACCGGACUAGCAGGCGGUAUGAUUCUGUUCUCAUCACUGGCUGGUAUUGGAAACAUGGUCACGUUCAUGUGUGUUCACACUCGAGUGAUCGAGCUGGCUCAACGUGAACCGCUAGUUAUGCGCGGCGCUAUCGUCGCGACAUAUUCGAUCUUUCGAUUCGCGGUCUCCGCUGCCACGAGCGCUUUUGCAUAUGUUGUUCGGAGCAACGUGACGUAUCACAGCACGGAGUUGAUUGGGUUUGGCCUCGUCAUCGCUCUCACAAUCCCGCUUGUGUGGAAAGCUUGGCUGGAGAAGUAUUACUCACUCUCGACUUCGAUGAAGAUUCGCGGCCAGAUUCUAUGGAGAGUCAUGCAGCAGAAAGCAGUGUGGAGCAUUCUUCUGUUCUUGUGCAUCUCCACCUUAUUCAGCAGCAUCAAGUUUAGGGAUCACGAGCUGAUUGUUAGCUAUUGGGCGGGUGCUAGCAGUGACAACAUAUAUUUACUGCAGACCUUGAGUUACGCCGCGAUGAUAUUGAUGAUCAUAGUGUGGCGCUACUUCUGCAUGAAUCGACCAUGGCGUGCGCUCUUUGCGAUGUCCACCGUGCUGCUGGUCGUAUCUAAAGGCAUCCAGGCUACGUGCGUUACUCUGGACAUUUUUCGGAACCGAUACUUCUACCGCGCGAUGAACCUAUUCCCAAGUAUGGCAGUCGGCAUCUCUUGGCUAUCAAGCAUCGUGCCGCUCACGGAGAUCACCCAAGAAGGCUCUGAAGGUGCCAUGGUUGGACUCAUGACGUCGCUGUACUAUUCGGUCAUCAUCUUCGUUCAGACAAACACGACGGGACUGUUUAAAGGCGCAAACUUCUACGAAAACAAUGAAGCUGGAUCGGACUCCCCGGAAGCGCGUUUGAUUGUGCUGAAGACAAUCUUUAUAUGCUAUGGCAUCAAUGCCUUGGCACUCAUUGGCAUCUUUUUCCUACCGCGACAGAAGCUUGACACCCAGCAGAUUCGAAGUUACGGCGGAUAUACCAAGUGCGCGAGUGCUGCUAUCCUCGCGUUCGUUGUGGUGCUCUUUUCGUACUCGCUGGUUGUCACGAUACUCACGUUGGUGCCAUCGACGUCUUGCUUAGGCAUUGCUGGUGGCGAAGGCUGCUAG